AUGGAAGAGGAGCUCAAGUGCCCGGUGUGCGGCUCGCUGUUCCGGGAGCCCAUCAUCCUGCCCUGCUCGCACAAUGUCUGCCUGCCCUGCGCCCGCACCAUCGCCGUGCAGACCCCGGAGAGCGAGCAGCACCUGCCGCCCCUGCUCCACUCUCGGGGCCCCGCGCCGCCCGCCGCCGCGCCGGGAGCGGGACUGGGAGCGGGGCCGGGAGCGGCCGCGGGCUCCGCCGCCUGCCUGGACUCGGAGAGCGCGGCGGGCGGCGGCGGCGGGGACCACGCGGACAAGCUGAGCCUGCACAGCGAGACCGACAGCGGCUACGGCUCCUACACCCCCAGCCUCAAGUCCCCCAACGGCGUGCGGGUGCUGCCGCUGGUGCCCGCGCCCCCGGGGGCGGCGGCGGCUCCGCGGGGCGCCGGCCCCGCCAGCUCCUCCCUCACCUGCCCGCAGUGCCACCGGAGCGCGUCCCUGGACCAGCGCGGGCUGCGCGGCUUCCAGCGGAACCGGCUGCUGGAGGCCAUCGUGCAGCGCUACCAGCAGGGCCGCGCCGCCGCCGCCGCCGCCGCCAAGUGCCAGCUGUGCGACCGCAGCCCGCCCGAGCCGGCCGCCGUGCUGUGCGAGCAGUGCGAGGUGCUGUACUGCGCCGCAUGCCAGCUCCGCUGCCACCCGGCCCGCGGGCCCUUCGCCAAGCACCGCCUGGCCCCGCCGCCCGCACACCCGGGCGCCCCCGGCGGCGGCGGGGACGGCGGCGGCGGGAAGGGGGCGGGCGGCGGCCGCAAGCUGCCGACGUGCGCCGAGCACGACCUGGAGAACUACAGCAUGUACUGCGUGAGCUGCCGCAGCCCCGUCUGCUACCAGUGCUUGGAGGAGGGCAAGCACAACAAGCACGACGUGAAGGCCCUGGGAGCCAUGUGGAAGCAGCACAAGGCACAGCUGUCUCAGGCUUUAAAUGGCGUUUCAGAUAAAGCAAAGGAAGCUAAAGAAUUUUUGGUUCAGCUGAAAAAUUUAUUGCAGCAGAUCCAGGAGAACGGGUUGGAUUACGAAGCCUGUCUCGUGGCUCAGUGCGACGCCUUGGUCGACGCGUUAACGCGGCAAAAGGCAAAACUGCUCACAAAGGUCACCAAGGAGCGUGAGCACAAGCUGAAGGUUGUUUGGGACCAGAUAAAUCACUGUACACUGAAGCUACGCCAGUCAACAGGGCUCAUGGAAUACUGCCUAGAAGUUAUCAAAGAAAAUGAUCCCUCUGGGUUUUUACAGAUCUCAGAUGCUUUAAUCAAGCGUGUUCAGGUAUCUCAGGAACAGUGGGUCAAAGGAGCCUUGGAGCCAAAAGUGUCUGCUGAGUUUGACUUGACUCUGGAUAGUGAACCUUUACUGCAGUCAAUUCACCAGCUGGAUUUUAUUCAGAUGAAAUGUAGGGUGCCACCUGUCCCAUUACUGCAGCUGGAGAAGUGCUGCACCAGGAACAACAGUGUGACAUUGGCCUGGAGGAUGCCACCUUUGAGCCACAACCCAGUGGAGGGCUAUAUCUUGGAACUUGAUGAUGGAGAUGGUGGCCAAUUCCGAGAGGUAUAUGUUGGCAAGGAGACCCUCUGCACCAUCGAUGGCCUUCAUUUCAACAGCACUUACAAUGCCAGGGUCAAAGCUUUCAACUCCUCGGGCGUUGGUCCUUACAGCAAGACGGUCAUUUUGCAGACGUCGGAUGUGGCAUGGUUCACCUUUGACCCCUCCUCAGCUCACAGAGACAUAGUGCUGUCCAAUGACAACCAGACUGCCACCUGCAACAGCUACGAUGACCGGGUGGUGCUGGGCACCGCCGCCUUCUCCAAGGGCGUGCAUUACUGGGAGCUGCACGUGGACCGCUACGACAACCACCCGGACCCGGCCUUCGGCAUCGCCAGGAUUAACGUGGUCAAGGACAUGAUGCUGGGCAAGGAUGACAAGGCGUGGGCCAUGUAUGUGGACAACAACCGCAGCUGGUUCAUGCACUGCAAUUCCCACACCAACCGGACUGAAGGAGGAGUUUCUAAAGGUGCCACUGUUGGUGUGCUGCUGGAUCUGAACAAGCACAACCUGACCUUUUACAUCAAUGGGCAGCAGCAGGGGCCUCCAGCGUUUGAGAACAUCGAGGGCGUCUUCAUGCCUGCACUGAGCCUCAAUCGAAAUGUCCAGGUGACCCUGCACACAGGACUGGAGGUGCCACAAUCUGUAAAACAGCCCAAGCUGCCCAACAACUAA